AUGGACCGAAUUCUUGAAAUGGUAAAGUCGGCAGGUGCCGAAACCGUUGUUCCGCAAAACACUGUCCGACCUGAACCACUUCGAGAAGCACCUACUCUUCAGAAUAUCAACGCGUCGACGUCGCACUCUGAUGAUUCUGCAAAUUUUGUGGAAUGGGCUGAAACGGAGAACGGUGAGACGCGCAAUAAUAAUCGGCCGGUAUAUGAUUCUCGAGAGAAGAAGCUUCAAGAUAAAAUAGAUUUUGUAAAAAUUGUCUACCGACACAAAUCGCAACUGUUUGGAGAUUGUGAUGGGCACGAAGUAACCGCAAAGUCAAAGGAAGAAGCUUGGAAGAAGGUUGCAACGGAGAUUGAAGAAUACGGUCUAGAAAGUUUCAAAGGAAAACAUUGGGCGCGACUUCGUGAUCAUGAUUGGCAAUACGUUCGCCGUCAUGCAAUUUCGCGUAGCAAUGAAAACGUGACGAAAGCUACUGGAAAAUUGGGCGAGCUUGACUCUAUUGUUCUCGACAUUAUAACAACAACGGCUCUUGUAAAUUCGAUUAGCAGCAAUAAUAGCUCGUUAUCUCAAUCGCAGGGAUCGGGAUCGUCGACUCAACAGUCGACUGAAUCAGUUGAGCAUGUGCUGAGAAUCCUGGGAAAUUCGAAUCAGCACGACAGCACUGAUAUUUCGGAAGCUGGAGAUGAUGCGGAACGAACUGCUAGAGUCAAAUCUGAGGAUACGGCUUGUCUACUAGAUAUUCUCAGUAGAGUUUCGCAAACGGUUACACUUCCAACUCCACCACAGAGUUUAUCAGUUGAUUCCGGAAAUCAGAAACUUCGCACAGAGGCAAAAUCACCAACACUAAACCGAAAAAUGACAAUUCGUUCGGCAACUGCACCAUCUGUGUAUGCGAUAACUUCAUCGACAUCUCCACAACAACCAGUAUCUUCUUCUCAAGCACCACCAAUAAAGAAGGCACGAGUGGAUUCGGAAAAAAGUCCUGUUCUGCACACGCCUAGUUAUGAGCAGCAGAGAGAGAAGUUGUUGAUAAAGAAAUUAGAGGCGGAAGUAAGACAUAUCGAGCUACUCAAUGAGAAAUUGGAAGCUGAAAUACGUGCCAACGAGGCUCAGGAAAGAAGAACAAAUGAGCGACACGCAUUGGAAAUGCGCGCUGCGAAGAAUCGACUUCUUCGCGGGUCAGCAAUCGAUGAGCCUUCUAUGGACAUGACAGAAGGAGGAAGACACCCACAUUUUGUAUAA